AUGACGGUUGCUACCAGCGACUCUGCGGACGAGGCCGCAGCACAUCCGGGUCAGCCUCACGACCUGUAUGACCUAGAGCUGGAUUACGAAUGCUGUGAGAGGGUCGUCAUCAACAUCUCAGGCUUGCGCUUUGAGACACAACUCAAAACCAUCUCCCAGUUUCCAGAGACGCUACUCGGAGAUCCCAAGAAAAGGAUGAGGUAUUUUGAUCAUCUCCGGAACGAGUACUUUUUCGAUCGUAAUCGACCGAGUUUUGAUGCCAUUCUGUACUAUUACCAAUCAGGAGGGAGGCUGCGCCGGCCAGUUAACGUGACUCUGGACAUUUUUUCUGAGGAGAUCCGGUUUUAUGAAUUGGGUGAGGAAGCUAUGGAUAUGUUCAGGGAGGAUGAAGGUUUCAUAAAGGAAGAAGAGCGCCCCCUGCCAGAGAAUGAGUUUCAGAGACAAGUGUGGCUGCUGUUUGAGUAUCCAGAGAGCUCGGGUCCUGCGCGCAUCAUUGCCAUCAUCUCUGUCAUGGUGAUUCUUAUCUCUAUUGUCAGCUUCUGCCUGGAGACAUUGCCAGUUUUCCGAAUUGAUGAGGAGGAGAUGUACAAUUAUCAAUUCCAGUCCAUGUCCAAUGCCACCUUUAUCUACGACAGCACAGCUUAUUUUAGAGACCCUUUCUUCAUCGUGGAGACACUCUGCAUCAUCUGGUUCUCUUUUGAGUUCCUCGUUAGGUUCUUUGCCUGUCCCAGUAAAGCUGGAUUUUUUGGAAACAUCAUGAACAUCAUUGAUAUUGUGGCAAUCAUCCCCUACUUUAUCACCCUGGGUACAGAGCUAGCAAAGAGGCCAGAGGAUAACCAAGCAGGCCAGCAGGCCAUGUCUUUGGCUAUUCUCCGCGUCAUUCGUCUAGUCAGGGUGUUUCGUAUCUUUAAACUCUCCCGCCACUCCAAGGGACUCCAGAUCUUGGGCCAGACUCUGAAGGCCAGUAUGCGCGAGCUAGGCCUCCUCAUCUUCUUCCUCUUCAUCGGCGUGAUCCUCUUCUCCAGCGCUGUCUACUUUGCAGAAGCAGACGAGCCACAUACCCAAUUCAGCAGCAUCCCUGAGGCCUUUUGGUGGGCAGUGGUUUCCAUGACCACAGUGGGCUAUGGAGACAUGGUCCCAACAACCAUUGGAGGAAAGAUUGUAGGGUCUCUCUGCGCAAUUGCCGGUGUGCUAACUAUUGCCCUGCCUGUACCUGUCAUUGUGUCAAACUUCAACUACUUCUACCACAGAGAGACAGAGGGCGAGGAACAGGCGCAGUACCUGAACCCAAGUGUGCCUAAGGCCAGCUCAGCUGACGAUCUGAAGAAGAGUGGUCGUAGCGGCAGUGGGUCCACUCUCAGUAAAUCUGACUAUGUGGAGAUCCAGGAGGCUGUGAACCACAGCACUGAGGACUUCAGACCAGAGGGCGCAAAAACAGGAAACUGUACACUGGCCAACACUAACUUUGUAAACAUCACUAAGAUGCGUACAGAUGUAUAA